UCCAGGCGAAAUCACAGACACUGCGGCUCUGCAGACCGCGGCCGGCGAAAUGGAGCUCUUCCUCUCCAGGAUAGAUUUUGGCGGGGUCUUUGGCAUCCUCCUGGCCAUGGUCGUCUCGUGCCUCCUCUUCCUCCACUUCUCGUCGAGAAAGAAGUUCAGGACCCUUCCUCCGGGGCCAGCCCCACUCCCCUUCAUUGGAAACAUGCACCAAGUGGACAUCAAGGAGCUGAUAAAUUCCCUGAAAGAACUUAGCAAGACCUACGGGCCAAUGUACACCUUCCACCUGGGCUCUCGGCCUUGCGUGGUCCUCUCUGGCUACCAGGUUCUCAAGGAGGCUUUGAUUGACAAGGCAGAGGAGUUCAGCGGCAGAGGAGACUUCCCCGCCGUCCAGAUGUGGAGCAAAGGGAAUGGGAUCGUGUACGGCACUGGGGAGCGCUGGAGGCAGCUGCGGAGGUUUGCCAUCAGCACCUUCAAGAACUUUGGGAUGGGGAAGAGAUCCAUUGAGGAGCGGAUCAAGGAAGAGGCUCAGUUCCUGGUGGCUGAGUUCCACAAAACUGAAGGCAAACCCUUUGACCCCACCUUCUUCCUGAGUUGCGCCGGCUCCAACAUCAUCUGCACCUUAGUUUUCGGGGACCGCUUUGAAUACACUGACAAUAAAUUCCUCAUGUUGCUGGACCUUAUCAACAGCAACUGGAAGCUCAUGAGCUCCACCUGGGGACAGAUGCUCUUCAGCUUCCCAGAGAUCAUGAAGUACGUCCCUGGGCCUCACCGCCAGAUCUACAAAAACUACCUGAAGCUGGCCAAGUUUGUAGGCGAGCGGCUGGAGAUGAACCGGCAAACUCUGGACGUCAACAACCCCCGAGAUUUCAUCGACUGCUUCCUCAUCAAAAUCCAGCAGGAAAAAAACAACCCGGACACACACUUCAACGAAGACACCAUGUCGAAGACCACGGUGAACCUCUUCUUUGCCGGGACGGAGACGGUCAGCUCAACCUUGAGAUACGGGCUCCGAAUUCUCAUGAGGCACCCUGAGGUGGAAGAGAAGCUCCACGAAGAGAUUGACCGGGUCAUCGGGGUGAACCGCAGCCCCUGCAUGGAGGACAGGAGCCGGAUGCCCUACACGGACGCCGUCAUCCACGAGAUCCAGCGCUACGCCGACAUCGUCCCCAUGGCGGUGCCCCACACCGUCACGCGAGAUGUCGAGUUCCGCGGAUACACCCUCCCCAAGGACCUCAACAUCAUCCCCCUGAUCUGCACGUCUCAGUUUGAUCCCACGCACUUCAAGAAUCCAACCUCCUUUGAUCCGACUCAUUUCCUGGACGAGAGCGGGCGGUUCAAGAAGAACGAUGCCUUCAUGGCUUUCUCGGCAGGGAAGCGGGUGUGCCUGGGAGAAAGCCUGGCUGUCAUGGAGCUCUUCAUCUUCCUCACCACCAUCCUGCAGAACUUCAAGCUGAAGCCCUUGAUGAAACCCGAGGACAUUGACAUCACACCGGAGUCCACGGGGCUGGGGAGCAUCCCUCGGCCCUACCAGUUCUGCCUCAUCGCCCGGUAAAAGGACACUGCGCUCAAAGGCCAGGCUGCUCACCCGCCCCCCUGCAGCCAGACAUAGAAUCAUGGGAGUGUAGAGUCAGAAGGGACACCGAGGGUCAUCUAGUCCAACCCCCUGUAAGGCAGGAACCUCAACUAAGGCAUCCAUGACAGAGGACCAUCCAACCUCUGCUUAGAUACCUCCAAGGAAGAGCCAUCACCUUCUGAGGGAGUCUGUUCUACUAUCAAACAGCAAACUUUGUUUUGUUUUUUUCUGAAUGGCUGUGGCAAUCCAUUAUGGAGGGGCCUCUCCCUCCCUCUCCUUCUCUUUCAUCUAUCUCUUUUCUCAUCUAUCUCUUUCUCCCUCUCCACCCUCUUGCCUGUUGCUGUGGUCUGUUGUCCUGCAGUCACCCUGCAGUCUGUCAUCUGUUCUCCCUGACCAACACUCCGGGGUCAGCAUUGAGGUCAAUAAACUUGCCAUAGCUGUCAA